AUGAACCAACAACGCUGUGAAGGUUUCUGGACUAACAUGGUGGUUCAGAGGCCUGUAAUGGAGACUAACAGAGCUGGAAAUCCAAUAGACGACCUGUCUCAGGUGGGUCUACCUGCUUUAUACCCUUAUUUGUCCGAGGGUGUGCUAGAAGGCAGGAAGGCUGGAGCCGCCCUGAUGUUUUCUGGAGUCUUCCUGGCACUCCUUGGUAUCGCCCUCACUGCCAUGGGGUGGCAAUAUUACAAAGCUAAACCUGAAUUUGAGUGGAUCCAGCUCCUCGGGCCGGUUUUGAUCUCUGUUGGGGGAACUUUUGUGCUGACCAGCGUCUGUAAGUUUCCAGUCUUGUCCUGCUGCAGAAACAUGGAUGAAGAAGCGCCCAUAGAGCCUGUUACGGAGCAAACCUCAACAGGAAGUUCUUUAAGUUUUAUAUCAAAUCCAGUUUUGCUCCACGGCUCCACGACGAUGCUUUGUCUUCCACCUGCGUACAGCUUCAUAGCUCAGGAAGUUCAGCAGGGCGUGGAGAUCCAGCCUGGUGGGUCUGUGAGUGGCGUGCGUGCAGGAAGUCCUCCGUAUGAUGCUAUGUUUUCUAAUUCAGCUUUUACAGCAAGAGAAGAAGAGAGUCAACAUCACAGCCCAGGAAGAGAUAACAGACCAAGGUAAGAGAGUCAAAGUGGUGGAAAACAGUCAUUUACACAGCGUGCUUUUGAACAAUCCAUCGGUUCUUUUAAAAGACGACAGUUUUUAUUCAGUCUGUUUGUUGGUAUGGUAAAAAAGCAGAUAAAGAAAACAUCUUUUUUGUGGUAUUCAUAGAUAUUUAACUUAAGUAUUUUCCAUUUUCUGCUACUUACCUAUAAUUUUAGACUGUAAGCUAAUUAUAAAAUUAAUUUUUACUUAUUUGUAAAGGUCAUAAUAAACAGGUGAUGCACUAUUACAGUUUGUGCAAGAGAUAACAUCUUGUCAACAUUGUAAUCAGUAACAUAUCAAUAACAAUCAUUGGCUCCUCCUCAUUACCCAGCUUAAAAAUUGACACAAAAUAGUGUUUUUACGAUGAUUUGAUUGGUUGAGUAGUUUAUUUCUUAUAUAACUCAAUGAUAUAGUCCCUUAGAGCAGGGGUGUGUCCAGUCUUUUUGGACUGGGGUGGCCCAACUAGGCCGGGGUGGCCGGGAUAUGGUUGCACACACAACAGAAUAACAAUGAAAACUUAACAGAGGUCAUCUAUAUCCUGGCGUUGUCAGACCCAUCAUCCAGCUCACUAAACCAAUCACAAUCCUUCAUUUAAGAUUACGACUCAGGAGCGCUGGCUCUGCCACUGAUGGGUCCAGUGAUUCCAAUAUGGCGGCCAUUUAAAAUGAAGUGAAUGAUGUAUUUUCAGAAAGCUGCAUAUGGACAACUGGCAGCACCAAUUUUUUUGAAUUUUAUCCCUUAUUAUGUAAAUUAUGUAAAUAAACGUUUAGGAGGGUUAGUUUUGUGUUGAGGAGUCUUAAAGUCAAGAUUAAAAGUGAUAAAGUUGAGGUAGGCGGGUGUCCCUUGGCCUUUUGGGUGUCUCUAGUGGGUCUGCAAUGUUACAGUGCAAGCCCCUAUAGACUUUAAAGUGUACCAUUGUUUGCUUUAUAUGAAUGAUUUUGCCAUAUCAAAUAGGAAAAGUGAUAAAAAGUCAUCUAGGAGUCUGUUUUUGGGCAUGUAACAUGUUAACGCCAGACCGGGCUGAGGAAAAUGUUAAUAUCAAGUCAGAUUAAAGUGAAAUUUAACCCGACAGACACAGAGAGUACCAGAUUUAAUCUCACAUUAACCACAGGGUCACUUUCUGUCGCUCAGUCCUCUCCUUUUUUUCUCACCAGUGCUUUAACGCUGUUACUGAUUCUCAUCAAUCUCUGUAUUUUGAACAAUGUGCUACAUGAGCUCUGAUUAACACAGCUUUGAAUAAACUAAACUGGAGCAGAAAAUGUGAAAAAAAAGGCCUAAUCACAUAAUAAUAAAUAAGCCUUGAAACGGAGACAAAUGGGUCUAAGUAUGGCCCCACAUAAUCACUCUGUGCAGAACUGGAUCAGUCUAAAUGGGCCAAGAAUAUAACAUCAUAGUGGAGAAAUGUUACAUGUAUGAAAAACUAACCGUGUCGUAAAUGUUUAAUCCUCUCUUUUCCCACCUGCUCUUUAAACAAGUGCAGAGGAAAGUAAAACAUUACAUACUGUCAUUAAAGGAGGAUUUUUCCAUUAGAUCCAGAGUUUCAUUUAUUUAUAAUCCAAUCAAAUAUUACCAGAAAGACAUCCUGCAUGCCACGAGAGAAAAAAAGUUCAUUUUUCACUUUUCUCAUAUUGUUUUUAGCCGGUUCCUCCCUGCAGGUUUCCAGGAAAGUAAUUCAUUUUAAUCCAAACAGACAGCAGGAAUAAUACAUUUAACCUGGGAUAACUAUAAACUGCUGCCCUCAUCGCGCUCCGCUCACUUAUGUUGUCACAACUUCUGACCUCUUUCCGUCUGUGUGUUUCAGCUGGUUAAUGCCAAAAAGAGGAGCGACCAGGAGGAACUUUUUAACCUCAGUGUUUUCUUUAAAAGGGCAACCUGCUUCCCAACGCGUGCUUUAAGGGAAAACCAAUUUAUAAAGUUUCCAAUAUUUCUCUCCAACCUGAUGUUUGUUUUAUGUUUCUUUCAGGAUCCAGGGGAUGGAUGAUGACAGAAGAGGUGGUGAUGAAGGCAGCAGCUCCACAUCUUUACAUCCACCUGCAUAUGAGGACAUAUUUCCCUCCUUUAACAAACACAAUUCAACAUAA